AUGAAGAUCUUUUAUAUGGGAGUUUUGCGAAAUGACACCAAGCCGGCGGUGGAACUAACGGGAGAAAGGGACCUGAGCAGCUUUUCGAGAUUUACCAGGGAGAACUACAAUGAGUUUAUGAUGCUGUUCUGCAAGACGGUGGCCGAGAGAACUCGCCCCGGCCAACGUCUGGACAUCGAGGAGAAGAACUACGUAUUCCACGCCUACGGCCGGACCGAAGGCGUGGCAGGCAUCAUCAUCACCGAUGCAGAAUACCCAGCGUUGGUGGCACACCAGCUGCUCUCGAAGAUUCUCGACGAGUUCCUGGCCAAAUACCCGCGCACCGCCUUUUCUGAUCCCAACAUCCGCGACAACUGCUGUCCCUUGCCCCAGCUGAAGGAAUACAUCGUCAAGUACCAGGACCCGAGUCAGGCGGACAGCAUCAUGAAGAUCCAGAAGGAGCUGGAUGAGACCAAGAUUGUGCUUCACAAGACGAUUGAAAGUGUGUUGGAGCGAGGAGAGAAGAUUGACAGCUUGGUGGCCAAGAGUGACGGUCUCAGUGCCCAGAGCAAGAUGUUCUACACCCAGGCCAAGAAACAGAACUCGUGCUGUGUCGUUAUGUGA